UUUAAGAGUGGAGCAUGUGGGUGUUUCCUCACUAAACACAACAGGCUUCUGCAGAGCGCCUUCUGCUUUCUCCUGCACAGAAAAAUAACCGCUGAAUUGAGCGAAGUGAAGUUAAUAUUGCUGUUUGAUCUAAAAGUUGAGAAUAAUAUGCUUCAGCUGAAUGACACAGUGGAGCCGGAGAGUCCAGGGGCUGCGAUUCUGCCCGCCGCCGGGGUUGAAGACGCGCUCGACGGGCUGGAGGUGGCGUUCAGUCCGGGGCCAGAGGCCCAACCUGUCCUCGGCUUCGGAGCUGCUGUAGCCUGCUGUUCUCCGCUCCAGAAACUCACACCUUUUCACGUCCACAACCCAACCAUCCGUGCAAAAGUGAAGGAUUACUUCGUGUUUAGGCCAGGAACCAUAGAGCAGGCGGUAAACGAUAUCCGCACAGUGGCUUUGCCUUCAGAAGAUGGCGAGGUUCUGAGUGUGUGGCUCUUAGCAGAAGUUGAUCACUGGAACAAUGAAAAGGAGAGACUGGUGCUCAUCACCGAGAGGUCCCUUCUGGUUUGCAAAUACGAUUUUAUAAACUUGCUGUGUCAGCAGGUCAUCAGAAUUUCCUUAAACGCAGUGGACACCAUUUCAGUCGGAGAGUUUGAGUUUCCACCAAAAUCUCUGAAUAAGAGAGAGGGCAGUGGCGUUCGUGUGCAUUGGGAUAAACGGCCAAGGCCUUCUUUCCUAAACCGCUGGAACCCCUGGUCCACUGAGAUGCCCUAUGCAACCUUCACAGAGCAUCCCAUGGCACAUGCUGAUGAAAAGGUGGCUUCCCUUUGCCAGCUGGAGAACUUUAAAGUUCAGCUGAUCCAGGCAGUAAAGAGAGCCCAUAAGGAGUUUCCCAUCCCGGGUCGGUCUAACGGGGUGCUGCUGCUGGAGCGGCCGCUGCUCAUCGAGACCUACCUGGGCAUCAUGUCCUUCAUCAACAACGAGGCCAAACUGGGCUACUCCAUGACCAGAGGCAAAAUCGGCUUCUAGUUCGUCACCACUAACCCGCAUCGUUGCACUUAAAUAUGUCGAGCUCCAUGAAUCCCUUUUGUGUUGCUUGCUGGAUUUCAGUGGGGUAUGAAGCGUGCCCCUGUUCCCACCACCAAUGUGACUCGCUGGCUCCUCAGCAUGUGCCUGAAAACAUCCAAUGCCAACAUCGAUGCCUCUUUACUGGGCUUGUGCCAUCCUGCUUUUUUUUUUUUUUUUUU